AUGGAUCCAAAAGCUGUAAGACCUGAUCGCGAUUUAACCGGUAAACAAAAAGUACCUCGAUUACGAAAACGUCAAAUCGAUGAGGAGUUGCUCAAUCACAUGAUACGUUUGCAAGGUGACGAUUGGUCUCGGAAGUUGCCUGUAGAAGCGAGAAUCCUUUUGAUGCAAUUGAUGAAUAUCGAGGCUAAAGUGGUUCGAGGUGACACGGCAUCUACGGUCAGCGAGAAUAUCUCGUCGAAGAAUGUCUCGUUAAGAGAGCUCUUUGAACAGAAACCAAUUCUUGACGGCAGGCGGACAGAAAUGCGUUAUGAACCGUAUCGAAUGGCACGAAUUGAUGAACUACCUCUGAUUGCACAUCGACGUGCUAUAGCUGCUGUGGAUUGGGUUGAUUCGUUAACUGAAAUUGCUGAUCUCACCGGUACUGAAGAUAAGGUUGCAUUGGUGAAGUCGUGUUAUUCUCCAUUAACAAUCUUCAAUUUUUCCGCGCGAACGGCACAGAACACAAAAAAUCCAGAUAUACUUUGUCUAUGUAGUUUUUCGUAUGUUCCGAGGAAAUUACCUCCUGAAUUCAAUCAAACCAAUCAACUCUCCGAUAACCUCAUUGAUCGUACACUCAACGAAUUGGUUGCACCAUUAAGGAAGUUAAACUUGAAAGAGGAGGAAGUUGUUCCGCUCAAAGCGAUCAUUAUAUUGAAUCCAAAUGCAAAAGGUCUUUCACCGAACGCAAAACAAGUAGUCUCCGAACUGCGCGAUCGUGUCCAAGACAUGCUCUUUCAAGUUGUCAAAGAACUGCAUCCCGUUUAUAACGCAUCAUCACGAUUUGGCAAUCUUCUUCUCCUAUUGCCCACUAUUAUGACACUAUCGGGAAUUAUGUGUGAAAAUCUACAGUUUGUUCAAGCGUUUGGUGGACGACAUACUGGCGAUCAUUUGCUGGGCGAAAUGUUCGGUGAUGUUUGCGCUAAGCUCGAAGAACCUGUCACAUCUUCUUCGUCACCACCAACGUUCGAGAAUCCUGCCGAAAUAUCUCUACAGUCGAUAAGCCCGCCAGUAUCACAACCUCGUAUCUCAUCGUCGAUUCGAUCACGUCUUUCGAAGAAUCGUAAAUCCGAUUGCGCCACACAAACGGAUUGUGACGAUACACUUUGUCCGAAUCUAUCGUAUAGCAGCUUCAAUAAAUCGCUCACUUCACCAAGCCAUGUUCGUCAUUCCUGUUCAAAUUCACAGAAAUUACCGCAUGACAACUCCAUGUUUCAUUAA